AACAUCCCAUUGGCAACUGUACUAUAUGAAUUAAUACAACUUUCAACACCAGAAAAGAGCAAAGAUCUUCCAUCAAUUGUAGAAAACCUGGAAAGGACACUGUGGCAAAUGGAAAAAGUAAUAUCGAUUAAGCAGAAUGUGAAACUAAAAGAACGUAUCAAAGGGAAGGAGUUAAUAAGGCCUCAUUCGCCAAAAGUGAUUAGAAGCAAGACAAAGGAAGAUCCAGUAUUGAAUGCAAACAAGACAUGGUUCUGCAUCCUGAACUUAUUGUGCUUGAUGUUUUCUGGACUAGUAAUGGCGGAAAAUGGAACAAAAUAUCAAACUGUUCAACGGAAGUCAUGCAUGUUCUCUCCCACAUGGAAAAAUUAUGCUUAA